UGUGGGGCCUGGGGCUCAAGCACUCGGGCCAUUUUCCACUGCUUUCCCAGGCGCCUUAGGUGGAGGCUGGUUGAGAAUCUGAGCAUCCAGGCACUCCAGUACCGUGUGUCAGCGUCACAGGCAGCACCUUAACCCACUAUGCCACAGUGUCGGUGCCCUGGAGCUUCUUCCGAUAUCAUCCCUUUGUUAGUUUGCUAGGGCCACCACAGCAACGUACCACGGGCUAGGAGACCUCAGCGACAAUGGCGGGAUGCUCACCGUGCUGGAGACUGGCGUCACCAGGAGUAAAAGUCCCUCGCAAUUUCCGACUGUUGGAAGAACUCGAAGAAGGCCAGAAAGGAGUAGGAGAUGGCACAGUUAGCUGGGGUCUAGAAGAUGACGAAGACAUGACACUUACAAGAUGGACAGGGAUGAUAAUUGGGCCUCCAAGAACAAUUUAUGAAAACCGAAUAUACAGCCUUAAAAUAGAAUGUGGACCCAAAUACCCAGAAGCUCCCCCCUUUGUACGAUUUGUAACAAAAAUUAACAUGAAUGGAAUUAAUAGUUCUAACGGAGUGGUGGACCCUCGGGCCAUCUCGGUGCUGGCCAAGUGGCAGAACUCGUACAGCAUCAAAGUCGUGCUGCAGGAGCUGCGGCGCCUGAUGAUGGCAAAAGAGAACCUGAAGCUCCCGCAGCCGCCCGAAGGACAGUGCUACAGCAACUAGGCCGCAGGACGCUGCCGGCCACCAGCAGGCCGCCUGCUCCGCAGUAGUCCAUUUUCUAGGUUCAUCUUGUAGGCCUCCAAGUACUGGAAAGGAAGCUCCCAUUCAAAGGCAAUUUAUCUAAGGAUACUGUAAAUGAUACUAAUUUUUUGUCCAUUUGAAAUAUAUAAGUUGUGCUAUAACACCAUCCUGUCAAGUGUAACCACUGUCCACGUAGUUGAACUUCCGGGAUCAAGAAAGCCUAUUUAAAUCAAUUCCCACCCUCACUGGUGGGACACAGCUAACUCAACUGUGAAAAGACACGUCACACAGUCACCUUGCUGCUGCUCACCUGGCCUGGGCCUCUGCCUCCUUCCCCACCCUCCUGCCCCGCCCCUGCCUCCCUGCAGCUUGAGGUGGCUCCCUAGAGGAGAGGUGAAGGUUUCAGGGGGCAGCCGUGGGACUAGUGCAGGGGUGUGGGGGUGCGUCUCCCCCUGGUUUCUUUCUUGAGUCUUAAUUGGUACCCUCUCCAUCAUGUCCCCUGCCUCCCUCCCCCACCAAUGGCCGAAGCAUAGAUUGUAACCCUUCACCCCCCCCUCUGAAAUUGGCCUUCAGGGCGGACUCCAGGGCUCGCCCACGCCUUGCUCCCACACUCCAUGGAGGGGUGUGUGCUCCCCUCUCCCUCAGGCCCUUUGUGCUCCAUCACCCCUCACUCCUGACACUUCUGCAGGGAGGCCUCCUGGAGCUGGGGAACCACAGCCACCCGACACCAGGCCCGCAAGUGAGUCCCGGGGCUCCCGCCCUGUGCCCGGGUCGGCAGCCAUGGAGGAGCUCUCCCAGCUCGGAUUCUGAGAGGGUGGUGAUAACCCAGACCUGCCAGCUCUCGGAGGCCUUGGUGCUUCGGCGUGGGCACAGGCUGCCUGGAGACCCAUCCACACCAGGAGCCUCUGCAUCGUCCUCUCGCACAGUUGCUUCUGCUUUUCAACAUGGAAGACGUUGCAGACAGGGCUGUUGCUUGGGGCAUCCGCGGUCCCUUGGGUCAAAUUUGGAAUCAGACAACUGGAACAGAGAGAACCUCGGAGCCAUGCUGCGGGGCUGGGCUGGCGCGGGCAUGGAGGUGGAAGUCGGCGCAUACGGCAGGGCCCCGAUGCGGGCAGCCCGGCCCCUGGCACCCAGCAGAGUUCCCCAUCGCCCCCCAGGACCACUCGAAGCUGAAGCAUGGAUGAUACUGAAAUAAAAGCAAGUUAUGGUGUCCUCCAGGGUUUUUUGUUUUGUUUUUUUCUUUUAAUUUAGUAUUUAAGUGAAAAACUUCCUUUUGAAGCAGCCACCAUUCCCUGGGGGUUGGGGUUCUAAGGAGGUCCUGUCCUGGGCUUCCGUCUAACCUAACAGUAUUCCAUACGCAGCCUUUUUCUUGUCAGACCAUUGCCUGGUUUUAAUAUAAUAAAGUGUGCGUUCGUAUUU